CUGGCUGGGAAGAUGGCGGCUGCUGUGACUCUCCAGUCCUCCGCUCCUGCUUCGGCCACGGCGACGGCGACGGCCACAGCAGCCGCGCUGGGGGAGGUGGAAGAUGAGGGACUCCUGGCGUCGCUCUUCCGCGACCGCUUCCCCGAGGCCCAGUGGCGUGAGCGGCCGGACGUGGGCCGCUACCUCCGGGAGCUGAGCGGCUCGGGGCUGGACCGGCUGCGACGCGAGCCCGAGCGCUUGGCGGAGGAGCGGGCCCAGCUGCUGCAGCAGACGCGCGACCUGGCCUUCGCCAAUUACAAGACGUUCAUUCGCGGUGCCGAGUGCACCGAGCGCAUCCACCGUCUCUUUGGCGACGUGGAGACGUCCCUCGGUCACCUGCUCGACCGUCUGCCCAGCUUUCAGCAGAGCUGCAGGAACUUUGUGAAGGAGGCCGAGGAGAUCAGCUCGAACCGCCGGAUGAACACCCUGACUCUAAACCGGCACACAGAAAUCUUGGAGAUUUUAGAGAUUCCCCAGCUUAUGGACACCUGUGUUCGAAACAGCUAUUACGAAGAGGCCCUGGAGCUUGCCGCCUAUGUUCGCCGACUGGAAAGGAAAUACUCCUCCAUCCCUGUCAUCCAGAGCAUCGUGAAUGAAGUGCGCCAGUCCAUGCAGCUGAUGCUGAGCCAGCUGAUCCAGCAACUGAGGACCAACAUCCAGCUCCCAGCCUGCCUGCGUGUCAUUGGCUAUCUCCGGCGCAUGGAUGUCUUCACUGAGGCUGAGCUGAGGGUGAAGUUUCUUCAGGCCCGGGAUGCUUGGCUUCGUUCCAUCCUGACUGCCAUCCCUAAUGAUGAUCCUUAUUUCCAUAUCACAAAAACCAUUGAGGCCUGCCGGGUCCACCUCUUUGAUAUCAUCACUCAGUACCGUGCCAUCUUCUCGGAUGAGGACCCCUUGCUGCCAUCUGCCAUGGGAGAGUACACUGUGAAUGAGGGUGCCAUCUUCCAUGGCUGGGUGCUGCAGAAAAUCUCACAGUUCCUGCAAGUGCUAGAGACCGAUCUUUCCCGGGGUAUAGGAGGGCGCUUGGAUUCUCUGCUGGGCCAAUGCAUGUACUUUGGGCUGUCCUUUAGCCGGGUGGGGGCUGAUUUCCGGGGCCAGUUGGCUCCUGUUUUCCAGAGAGUGGCACUCAACUCUUUCCAGAAAGCAGUUGAGGAAGCAGUAGAGAAAUUCCAGGAUGAAAUGACUUCGUACACCCUCAUCUCAGCUGCAGCCAUCCUGGGCAGCAGUAACAUGCCUGCUGCAGUGCCGACCACACAACCCGGGACGUUGCAGCCACCGAUGGUACUCCUAGACUUCCCGCCGCUUGCCUGCUUCCUCAACAACAUUUUGGUUGCUUUCAACGAUCUGCGUCUCUGCUGUCCUGUGGCCCUAGCACAGGAUGUGACUCGGGCCUUGGAGAAUGCCCUUGCCAAGGUAACCAAAACAAUCCUGGCAUUCCAUCGUGCUGAAGAGGCUGCGUUCAGCAGUGGGGAACUCGAAAUCUUCGUCCAGUUCUGCACUGCCUUCCUGGAAGACCUUGUUCCGUAUCUGAACCGCUGUCUUCAAGUCCUGUUCCCGCCAGCUCAGAUAGCACAGACUCUAGAGUCUCCUGUAGCCCUUGCUGUGUAUUGGAGGAUGACCUUAACCUCCUAGUCUGCACACCUCCGCCUCCUAGAGAAAUGGUGCAGAGGCCGUGGAUCCGACUUUGGGACCAACUUGGUCUACAGAGUGAGUUCCAGCACAGCCACGGCCACCCAGAAAGAAACUCUGACUUGAAAAAAAACAACAACAAAAAAUUUUUUUUCUCUCUCUCAUUGGGCUUGGUGCCACAGGCCUUUAAUCCCAGGAUUUGGGAAACAGGAGGCAGGUGGAUCUUUGUGAUUUGGGACCUCCCUGGUCUAGAUAGUGAAUUCCAGGAGAGCCAUUGCUAUAUAGAGACCCUGUCUCAAAAAAUAAGACCAGUAAAAAAUAAAUAAAUAAAUAAAAAAACCUCGUUCAGUUAUAGAUCUCUUCAGGAGUAGGGCUGAGGGGAGACCCAGCUCCUCCUCGGGCAGAGGGGUCAGUGAUGACCUUGGCUAAGGGUGGCUGUUCUCCACAAGCCCUUUCUCUUGGUGUCUAACCUGCUCCAACCACCCUUACCGUGGGGUCCCAGUGUAACAGUCUUAAUAUAUUACAAGUAUGCUCUCGCAGUAUUGGAAUAUGUAAUUGUGUCAGUUCUUUACCCUGAGCGCCCCCACCGUGGUCUCUGCGUUGAAUUUAAUAACUUGUUUUCCAUUUCAUUUUUCCUACCAUCU